AUUAUUUUCCACUACCUUCCCCCACUUCAUACCAACUCUUUUCGGCAAUCCCAUUACAAACUUCUUUUUUCUUACAACACUUUUUCCUUUCUUUUCUAAACGAUAAACUAAAAAGAGUUUUGUCCAAAUUAUAAUUAAUAAGCUGUAGCUAGUUUUUGGUCAUGGAAGAUAGGUUAAACAGAAGAAGUACUCCAUUUUUUAUCAAACAAGAAGAUUCCACCGGAACUCCGCCGGAUAAUGCCGCUGAUUCUCCCUUUUCCGGCGAUGAAGCUGCUGAAGUUAACAUGCCAUCUCCUAGAAAAAGUAGGAGAGGAGCAAAAAAGAAAGUAAUUACAGUGCCAAUUAUUGAUGCUGAUGGAUCACGAAGUAAAGGAGAAGUUUAUCCACCACCAGAUUCUUGGUCUUGGAGGAAAUAUGGACAAAAGCCAAUUAAAGGGUCACCUUAUCCCAGGGGAUAUUAUCGAUGCAGUAGCUCCAAAGGCUGUCCUGCAAGAAAACAAGUAGAGCGUAGCCGCCUGGACCCCACCACUCUCCUCAUUACCUACUGUUCUGAACACAAUCACCAAUUCCCAGCCGCCACCAGCAAACACCACCACCACCCUCCUGCCACCAGUACACCCACCACCUCCACCACAUCUACCAAUACCGCCGGAGACAACAAUGCGGCGGCUGCGGCCACUGACGUCACCAUGACAGAUAAAUCAUCUCCUGAAGAAUGUGACGUCUUUGCUUAUCAACAUGACAAUGGCUUCUCGGAGCUGGCCGGCGAAUUGGGUUGGUUCUCCGAUGUGGGAACUCCUACAUUUAUGGAGAACACGUCAUCAAUGGUGGGGUCCACGUGGAAUGAUGCUGACGUGGCUUUAAUGUUGCCUAUUCGGGAGGAGGACCAGUCUUUGUUUGGUGAUUUGGGGGAGUUGCCGGAGUGUUCAGUUGUUUUCCGGCGGUAUAGUGUGGAAGCACCGUGUUGCGGCGGUACUGGAUAAUAACCCACGUGUCAAACUUUCACACUGAAAACUGAAAUUACAUGUAGAUGGACCUCAGUUUGCCACACGAGAUACCAAAAGUUUUUUUUUCCUCCUUUUUUUUUUUUUUUUUUUUUUUUUGUUCCACGUUUCUCAUGACCCUUUUUUUUCUUCUUUAUGUAAAGAUCAGGUAGAUUGGGACAAAAAAGAAAAGAAAAAACCAUACUUUUACUUGAUUGAGCUCCUUUUGGCAAAGUUCA